CUGAUUCAAUCUUUAUUGAGAAUUUCUAAGCGCAACGACAUUUCCACCAUGUUCAGGGACACGUUUACUUUCACCCCCUCGACACUCCGGUCGUUGAGGUUACAGAGGGAGCUACAGGAUUUGGAGGAUGAAAGGAGAGCUUUGUACAGAUCUCCCAGAAGCAGGCGAACUGCCGCUGUCAGUCAGAGUGUAUUCAGGGAGUCGAGAACGUUGCCACAGCUCUCCAGCGACUCUGCCGUCCACGACGCUUUGUGCAAUGGAGAUUUAGACAAGAUCCGAGUCAUCUUUAGGAGUAAAGAGGCGGUUAACGCGACUAUACAGACAGUCAGCCAUGAACUGAGCUGGUCCGCUGAGCUAGAUCUUUGGUCACUGAUCUCCAAACAGAAGCAGACAUCUGCACUUCAUAUUACUGCAGAGCGAGGACAUACAGCUUGUGUGAAACACCUGUUGGGACAUGGUGCUGAUGUAAAUGCUUCCCCUGGAGGAGCAACUGCCUUGCAUACUGCCUGCGCCAAUGGCCACACUGAAUGCGUCCAACUUUUGCUCAGUAUUGGUGCUAAUCCCAAUGCAAUCUCUGAAGAUGGGUAUGCUCCUUUGCACCUGUGCACCAGUCCCCAGACCUUUCUAUGUGCUAAGCUCCUGUUGGAACACAAUGCCAGAGUUAAUCUGCAGACCAAAGACAGAGAGAAUACACCACUUCAUAUAGCUGCAAAGCAUGGCUUAGACAAACAUGUGGACCUUUACCUGAACUAUUGUGCUCACAGUCACAAGAAGAACCGAGAAGGCGAAACUGCUCUAAAUGCUGCGUGCUCCUAUGCUGACAAGCCUGAGGCUUUUGGCAGAUAUUACAAAGUCUGUAAAAUGUUGAUUAAUUGGGGAGCCAAUGUGAAAACUGCUGGGAAAAAAAAUCACACACCACUCCACAAUGCCUGUGGGAACGGGCACCCCGAUAUUGUCGAGCUUUUGUUGUUGCAUGGUGCCUCUGUAAAUGCCAAGAACAGUGCUGGCUACACCCCAAUGGACUGCAUUUUACAAGCUGUUGAAGAUUACUUGGAACAGCAUCCUGAACGAAUUGUUGUAGAUCUGUUGAACUAUGGUGCAGGUCCUGUUGACCCAAAGAUGCUUAAACAAUGUGCAGUGUCUCCACGGACAAUGGAAGCUCUGUUAAAUACCUAUGAGGUUAUUCCACUUUGUGACUCUUGGAUUGAGUCGGUACCCCUUGAUGUAUGGCAGAAACAUCAAGUUUUCUAUGAAUCCAUUAUACAAAUGAUCAACAAACCUCGUUCUCUUCAGCAUCUUGCACGCUGUGCCUUAAGGAACUAUCUUGGAACUAGAUGCCAUUCAGUGAUACCACAACUACAACUUCCAAAUAGCUCUGCAGAAUUUCUACUGUUGAAGCUUGAAGGCUAUAUCAAGUGAAGAAGUUUAGAAUACUUUGUUACAUUUUCUAGGUUUUUCUGAAUGAGUCCUCCAGGUUACAUGCAACAACUAAAAUGUGUUUCUGUGCUUUACUUUGGAUUGUUUUUCACAAUCUGCCAAAUAUAUUAUGCUUAUUUAUUUGACAGUUUAACUAAUACGGGAAGCUUAACUAGUCAACUAUGGGAGAAAAAUGCCAACUUUCAGUGUGUUGGCAAGAGCCCACAUACUAUUCCCUUUUCUUCAGUCUGCCACUUAAGAGCAGCAGCUGUUGCCUAAUUAUAGUUGCAAAAAUAUUUAGC